UCAACAUCAACAACAGACAGCAGCCUCAAUUCUUAAUGUCAUACACAAUAGACAUUAAAUCGCCCAUGUAGGUGUACAGAAAGAAAAAUAAUGGUGUAUUGGUGUUUUCUCUGCACCAGUUUGAAAUUUUAUACAAGAAAUGGAGAAGUCAUAAAGAUUGGUGAAAUGGUACGUGUUGAGAAGUUUCAAUUUCCAAAAUAAAAGGGUGAAACUGGAAGAAGAUUAGAAAAUGGUUUGCUCCCUUAAUUCUCGACCCGCCAUUCAAUCCCUGAUCACCUUCUCAAAGAAAUCUUCCAAAGUGAUGCCAUUUCCAUAACUUGGAGUCCCCUUUCUCAGGAUCCCAAACCAAUAUACUCUCGGCCGCGUAGAACCUUCCAAUCUUUCCAAACUCAGAUGCAUCUUCCAGCGAACAAGUCAAGAAGCCAGAUUGCAAAGUCCAUGAUUUGGAUUGGUACCUUUACAAAUUUGUGUUUCUUCCUUGAUAACCUGAACAACAUUUCCCCUUGCUCCAAUGGUGUCAAUGCCUUCCCAGGACCACCAACAGGAGCAGCUCAUUCAUUCAACAGAACCACACCAAUUCAUUCCCAGUAUAUACAGUAUCCGUAGAUCGAAGGAUGUAGUCUAUCUUCUAUCAUUUUCCCUGUUUAUGCAGAUAAGGCAUAAUGUAUAAAAAAAAUAGAAGUUGGAUGUAUGAUAAAGAUGCGGUAUUGUACGGAAUGCAAUCAAAUUUUCUCGAGGGAGUCGGAGAAUUUAUUGAAUUUGCACUUGAACAUCCGGCUUAUAUGAGUGGUGAUAAAAUAAGAUGUCCAUGUUCAAAGUGUAAAAAUCUCAAAUUUAAAGACCCACACGAAGUUGGGUAUGAUUUGUACGCGGUCGGUUUUGUUCCCAAUUAUUAUAAUUGGACUUCUCACGGUGAACCUUUGGAUCCAUCUGUUAUACCACAAACGGUAGGUUCGUCUCGUUACGUCCCUCCAGAGAUGAGUGCGUGGGGAGACCGUGCUGAAAUGAGGUGGGACCAACAAAUGGUAUAUGACGCAUACGGUGUACCGUCUCAAUUCAACCCCCCACAACCACCUAACGACCCCCCUGAAGCCUCAACCUCGUAUCAACCAGAUGCGGAUGAAAAUCCGACAUUUUAUCAACC